CUAUUUUCAGUAGAACUGCUAAUUAUACUGAAGUUUAAAGACAUGCUACCCUGCCUAUCCCUAAUGAAGGCAUCUAUAUCCAUGAAUAUUUUAAUGUUAAUAUUUAUAGAUACAUGUUCACACAAAUACUUCAUGUUUUUCAAAAUCAGAGCAAUGAGAACAGAAAUGAACCUGGACCCUGAUCCUGGGCUGGUGACCCAGUAUUCAGCCUCACAACCAGAUGUUUCCUAUGCACACACUUGGAAGUGCAGGUGUAAGAGGCAGUUGAAGUUAAAGAACAAGCCCUUACCUCCUCUACCUGCUGAGGCCUUGGAAGACUACACAGAAAAACCCAGGGUUACUGCACUCUAUGACUUUUUUGCUAGAGGACCCUCAGAUUUGCCGCUCAAGAAGUCAGAAGAAUACAUUAUCCUCCAACAGGAUGACCCCCACUGGUGGAAAGCAAGGGACAAACAUGGGAAUGAAGGUCUAGUUCCCAGCAACUAUGUUACUGAGAACAAGAAAAGUAAUUUAGAAACAUAUGAGUGGUACUGCAAAAACAUAAAUAGAAGCCAGGCAGAACUUCUUUUGCGCCAGAAGUCCAAAGAAGGUGCGUUUGUUGUCAGAGAUUCAAGCCAACAGGGGCUUCUUACACUGUCCAUGUAUUCACGGCCUAAAGGAAGUCAUAGCGAAGAUAUUCGACAUUAUCAAAUUAAGAAAAACCACUUGGGACAAUAUUAUGUAGCUGAAAAAUAUCUCUUUUCAUCUGUUCCUGAACUCAUCGAGUAUCAUCAACACAAUGCUGCAGGUCUUAUCACUCGUCUCCGACAUCCAGUAGGAUCAGCUGGAUACUCUUCACCAGCAGCAGCAGGGUGGAAUUAUGAUGAGUGGGAAUUAAACCCAUCUGAACUGAAGUUCAUGAAAGAACUUGGGCGUGGGCAGUUUGGAGUUGUUCAGCUUGGUAAAUGGAAAGCAACCAUCAAGGUUGCCAUCAAGACAAUCAAUGAAGGAGCAAUGUCUGAAGACGAUUUUAUCGAGGAGGCCAAAGUGAUGAUGAAACUCUCCCACCCAAAGCUGGUCCCGCUUUACGGAGUGUGCACACAUCGCAAGCCUCUCUAUGUUGUGACUGAAUUCCUGGAAAACGGCUGCCUGCUCAAUUACCUUCGGCAAAGACAAGGGAAACUCGGCAGAGACAUGCUGCUGAACAUGUGCUGGGAUGUGUGCGAAGGGAUGGAAUACCUGGAAAGAAACAGUUUUAUUCACCGUGAUUUAGCUGCAAGAAACUGUUUAGUCAGCGCGGAGCACAUCGUUAAAGUAUCUGACUUCGGCAUGGCGAGGUAUGUCAUCGAUGAUGAAUACAUCAGCUCUUCGGGGGCCAAGUUUCCAGUCAAAUGGUCAUCUCCUGAAGUUUUUCAUUUCAAAAAAUAUAGCAGCAAAUCAGAUGUCUGGUCAUUUGGUGUACUGAUGUGGGAAGUUUUCACAGAAGGCAAAAUGCCUUUUGAAAGUAAGUCAAAUUCUGAAGUUGUUCGUGAGAUUUCUCAGGGUCACCGACUUUAUCGACCACAUUUGGCAUCACUUGCUGUGUACAGAGUCAUGUACAGCUGCUGGCAUGAGAAACCUGAAGGACGUCCUCCUUUUGCAGAGUUAAAAGAGACCCUCACAGAUAUAAGACAGAUGAGAUAAUCAGAUUUUCACCCAUAUAUUUCUGAAAGGUUAGCAUCAAGCAUGUCAGUAAUGUAUCUGGUACAGAAAACAUCAGCCUUUUACAGCAAUCUCUACUUAAGUCAUCAGCAUCCUAUAUACUGAAGUAGCUGUUUGGGCUUGGCCUUAAUUUUUACUCAUUUGAGAGAUACCUCAGGAGACUGGUUCAGGACUCUCAAGGCUUUGUUUUCAUGAUCAGGGAGAAAAACUUCAUGUCUGAAAGAAGUAACCAAGCUUACUCACCUUAUAGGCCUUUUUAUUUAUUCCUUUGGUCAGAGCUACACUAAUUCCUAUAACAACAUUAUUAAAUUGAUACUUAAUAUGACUCCUGUACUAGGGAAUACUGAUUGGCAGCAGAAAAAGGGAUGGAAGAAACUUUGAUAAAGCUCUAGCUAGGUCAUGGUUAAAGGCAAGCCCUUUUAUGCUGCCAAGCAUCCAGCACUGAAGAAAUGGAGCAGUGUUUCAGAAGGGGCAGCAAGCUAACUGACCAAAUGCCAGAGCAGCAUCCAUUUGUGUGCCCACAACCACUGCUGCACAUAAAGGCAGACAAAGGGAAAAAAGGAAGCAGUCAUCAUUUAGCAGCUCCCACAUCACAUCUGAGCAGCUGGAAAGACAGAGCAUCAAGGAAGCAUUUCAAGGUGUCUUCUCUACCAAUCUGUGUAAAAGGAGGAGAGUAAGGAUUAUUUUAUCCAAAUCUUUCCCACAGUUUUCCAGUAUUGUCUCCCAUUCCUUUCCUGCUGCUGCCUACUCGCAUGCCCGUACUUGCCUUAGUCCUUCCCUUGUAAGUGCCCAGAAUGGUUAAUGGGCAAUUUAAAGCUGGAAUCUGAUCGUAAAAUGCUUUGAAUUAGCCUAGACCAGAUGGGUUCUGUGAUACUGGACAUGGACAGUGUCUGUAACCCUAUUUCUUAUGUUAUUAAGAAAUUCACUUUUAAUUUUAAAUCUUAAUUGUGGUCAAUAGAAAUAUAGAGAAGAAAAGGCAGAUGAAGUCCAUAAUUGUUUACAAUAAAAUAGAUCAUUACAAAUAAAUAGGUUCUUCAAAAUA